AUGGAAGUUCAAAUUCUCUUUCUCUAUCUCUCACUCUUCAUCCUCUCUCUAAACUUUUUCUUUCAAAAUGUCAAGCCAAGGCUAUCCCGUCUCCUCCAGCCUUCUUUCGAAACUCGAGUCAAGGCUGCCAUUUUAUCAAGAAAAGAAGUAGCCGAGUUUCUUGAAUCUCCCAUUGUAGAAGAAGAAGAAAAAGAAGAAGAAGAAGUAUAUCAAGAAGGUAUCGGUACAAUCUCCAUUUCUACGUUCGAUUUUGAUCCAUACAUGACGAGCAAAACCGAAUCAGUAAACAAAGCUCUAGACGAAGCCAUUCCACUAGGGGAGCCACUCAAAAUCCACGAAGCCAUGCGUUACGCGAUUCUCGCGGCAGGAAAACGCGUUAGGCCUAUACUCUGCCUAGCUUCUUGCGAGCUAGUAGGCGGCCAAGAAAACGCAGCUAUGCCAGCGGCUUGUGCGGUUGAGAUGAUCCACACGAUGUCUCUAAUCAAAGACGACUUGCCUUGCAUGGACAAUGACGAUCUGCGUCGUGGGAGGCCCACAACGCACAAAGUCUACGGUGAAGGAGUCGCCAUUCUCUCCGGUGGUGCACUCUUGUCUCUUGCCUUUGAGCACAUGACAACGGCUGAUAUUUCGCCGGAGAGAAUGGUUUGGGCGGUUAGGGAGCUGGCUAGGUCUAUUGGAACGAGAGGUUUAGUGGCGGGACAAGCGAUGGAUAUAAGCAGUGAAGGUUUGGACUUGAAUGAAGUCGGUUUAGAGCAUUUGGAGUUUAUACAUGUUCAUAAAACCGCGGUUUUGUUGGAAACUGCUGCGGUUCUUGGAGCCAUUAUUGGUGGUGGGUCUAAUGAAGAGAUUGAAAACGUAAGAAAGUUUGCAAGGUGUAUUGGAUUGUUGUUUCAGGUGGUUGAUGAUAUUUUGGACGAGACCAAGUCGUCGGAGGAAUUGGGAAAGACUGCCGGAAAAGAUCAGAUCGCCGGAAAGCUAACGUAUCCGAAGAUGUUGGGUUUGGAGAAAUCUAAAGAAUUUGUUAAGAGAUUGACGAGAGAUGCACGGCAACAUCUUCAAGGGUUUAGUUCGGAAAAGGUUGCUCCUUUAGUAGCUCUUACUAAUUUUAUUGCCAAUAGAAAUAAGUAAAAAUUGUGGGUUUUUUUAGAACUUUGAUUAUUUGUUUUUUUUUUGUGUGUUUGUGUCGGGAUUAUGUAU